AUGGAGACGGGCAGGAGCCGCGGCGGCGGCGCGGCUGUCAGCGAGCGCGGCGGCGGCGCGCGCGCGGGGGUCUGCAGGAGGCAGGAGCAGGCCGGGGCCCUCGCUGCAGACAUGGACUCGCAUUGUGAGUGCGCCGCGGAGACGCCCGCCGCAGAGCCGCCGUCGGGGAAGAUCAAUAAGGCUGCGUUCAAGUUAUUCAAGAAGAGGAAAUCGGGGGGCACCAUGCCCAGCAUUUUUGGGGUCAAAAACAAAGGGGAUGGGAAGAGCUCGGGGCCGACGGGGAUGGUGAGAAGCAGGACCCACGACGGACUAGCCGAGGUGUUGGUGCUGGAGGGCAGCAAGAAGGAGGAGCCGCCAGGCGGGAGCGAUCACAGCGGGGCCCGGCCGAUCCCGGGACCCCCCAAAGCCUCCGGGCCUGGCCUGGGCUCCCUGGCCAGCAGCUCGGUGGCCAAGUCCCACAGCUUCUUUUCCCUGCUGAAAAAGAACGGGCGAUCGGAGACCGGCAAGGGAGACCAUGCCGAGGCCAGCAAGGCUGGCGGCAAACAAAAGAGGGGGCUGAAAGGGAUCUUCAGCAGCAUGCGCUGGCACCGGAGGGACAAGCGCGGCAAGGAGGAGGAGGAGAAGGCGGCGCGCGCAGCGGGCCCGGGCAGCCUGGUUCUGCCCGGCUCGCUCACCGCCAGCCUGGAGUGCGUCAAGGAGGAGCCGCCCCGAGCCGCGCGCCGCCCGGACAGCCCGGGCCAGGACGCCCCGCGACACGCAGCAGGUGAGCCCGCAGGGGGAGAGCAGGCGCCCGCGUCCGCCGAGCGCGCCCCGGAGCGGACCUGCCUCGAGGCCGCGAGCCCCACCGGCCCUGGCGAUCAAAGCUCCCGGGGAGAGGACGCCGAGGGGCAUCGGCGCGCGGAGAAGCCCGGGGCAGCCCUCGAGUCGGGAGCCGGUGAGGUCCAGGCGGCCGAGGAUGCGUCCAAGACAGGUGACGUUCCGAUAAAGACCGUCCCCCUUGUCGACUCCGAAGGUGGCAGCGGCCGGGCGUCUGCCGUCCCUGACCCUUCCUCUGUUGAUCCACCCUCAGACCCGUCGGCAGAUCGUAUUUGUUUGAUGUUUUCUGACGUGACUUCACUGAAAAGCUUUGACUCUCUUACAGGCUGUGGAGAUAUUAUUGCAGACCCAGAAGAAGAGGCAGGCCCCAGCUGUGACAAGCAUGUCCCCGGGCCAGGCAAGCCAGUUCUCUCUAAAAAGAACGCGAGCGUGGUGGCCUACCAAGGAGGAGGGGAGGAGAUGGCCAGCCCAGAUCAGGUGGACGACACCUAUCUCCCGGAAUUCUGGGACAUGUUGUCCCAGACUGAGGACCAAGGGCAAGAAACCCAAGAAGGCGCAGCGAAGGCAGCCACUGCUUCGGACACCAAGUUGGCCCCUGAGACCUCCAAUGAUACCCGGUGUGGGGAAGCAGCCAAGGACGUGUCCUCGGUCAAGCGCAGGAGACUCCACAGAAUUCCCAUUGAGUCCCAGCAGAAGGAGGAGCCUAAACACCCGGAGAAGGAGCAUCAAGAAGGUGUCCCUAACAGCGAUGAGGGUUACUGGGACUCCACCACUCCUGGCCCAGAAGAAGAGAGCGUCAGCAAUGGCAGCAGCAGCAAGAAGGUGGUCAUCCCCAGGGAUAGCGACAGUGGCGAUGCUCUCUGCGAUCUCUACGUUGAACCUGAAGCAAGCCCAGCCACACUUCCUGCCACAGAGGACCCACCCUGCUUGUCCCGGCUAAAGCCGGUGUCUCCAGGCACCAUCACGUGUCCUCUGAGAACGCCGGGCAGCUUGCUGAAGGACUCUAAAAUCCCUAUUAGCAUCAAGCAUCUCUCCAACCUUCCGUCCAGCCAUCCGGUGGCCCACCAGCAACCAGCCAGGAGUGAGGUGCCCAGAACAAAAAUCCCUGUUUCCAAAGUGCUGGUCCGUAGGGUCAGCAACCGGGGCUUGGCUGGGACCACCAUCAGGGCAGCAGCAUGCCAUGACAGUGCCAAAAAGUUGUGAGGUCCCCAAGGCCAAGGAGGAUGGAUGGGCCAUAUGUUAAGGAAUACAACUUUCCCCUGGAAAUCACUGAAGGAAGUUCUCUUUCUCCAAAGCAAAAUCAUU